CCGUCAGAGUUACGCACGGAGGAAAGCGGCGCUGCCAUUGGUCAACAUUUUCGAGGUCGCUCCCCGCCGCUGUGCCCUCCCAUCCGCCUCAUUCCAUCCUGUCAGCCAGAGAGCAAGUGAAGCGUAUGAACCGGAGCGGUUGCCGUGUUUUUUGGGCUUCUCCUGGCGGAGGUUGGAGGACGGGACAGCGGAGCAUCGACUGAGGUGCGUCCCAGACUCCGGGUUAUUUCUCUACCCUCAUCCCUAAGAUGCUUCCCUGCCUGCGGAGAGUCCUGCGGCCUGCCUUCUCCUUGACAGCCGGGAGAGGACUGUCCAGAGCCGGACACAGGAGCGGCGAACCAUCCGCUGUAGUAUCAGGCUCCCCGGGGAGGCUCGCCUCACAGCCUCCGCUCUCCGCGCUGGUGCAGCGAUGCUACCUGGGCACACAUCCCCUGAAGGAACCCGUGGAGCCCCUCAACUCACCCCGCGGAGCCAAGGACUUCAUUUACAGCCUCCAUCCGUCGGAACGCAGCUGUCUGCUGCGGGAGCUGCAUAAGUUCGAGUCCAUAGCCAUUGCUCAAGGGCAGCUGGAAAUCGCACCACCUACUGCAGCCCAGUUGAGAUAUGUCCUGCUGCAUAAUGCCAUCCCCUUUGUGGGAUUUGGAUUCUUGGACAACUGCAUCAUGAUUGUUGCUGGCACACAGAUUGAGUUAUCCAUCGGUGUGGUUCUUGGCAUUUCAACUAUGGCAGCUGCUGCUCUUGGUAACCUGGUAUCUGAUCUGGCUGGACUGGGGCUGGCAGGUUACGUGGAGGCCUUGGCGUCUCGACUCGGCAUGCAGAUUCCCGAGCUGAGUCCGAAGCAGGCGGAUAUGUGGCAGACCAGGGUCAGCUGUCACACGGGUAAAGCCAUCGGUGUGGGUAUCGGCUGCAUCCUCGGCAUGUUUCCUCUUCUUUUCUUUACUGACGAUGAUGAGAAGAAGGAAGGACAGACGGAGACGAAGGAUGAAACCCCACCGGCUCCAGCGGGGAGCAGCAAAAACUGACCGAUUAUAGAUGGAUACUCUUUGUAGUCCUGAAGAAAACCUGUCUGUUUGUGAGAACUGACUGGGUCUGUCCCCGCCGUCUGGAGAGUAUGAGAACGGACUGUUCUCCAGACACUUCCCAAGAAACAGACUGUCAGGGUAUUCUGAGGAGGAUUUUACAUGAUAUAUUUGACAAAAGCACAGGAGACUGGUUAUGUGUUGGAAGAGUCAAGACUGGAAGGCUGCUAAAUAAUAACACCUACUGAUACAGACCCUCACCUCUGCUUUCAGUCUGUUAAAUCACUUCAUUUUUAAGCACAGACUUUAUUUAUAACAUAAGAUGGCAGCUCGGCUGACUGAAAGUUGGAUGACUGUUUAAAACGUUGCAGCAGAGUUUGCAGCCGGUUUAAAGACACAAAACACUACUAAAACAUAUUCCAACAUAAGAUUUAAUAUUUUUGCAUCCAAUUAUCAUCGACUCACUUAGUUUAUGUUAAUGUUAUGCUUUUGUUAUAUCUUACCCAAUCAGCAAAUUAGUCCAAAUCUCUGUUACAGUGUAAACAUCUCAUAUAAUUUCACUGGGUUUUUUUUUAUUAUUAUUUUACAUAUGACUUGCUAAAGCAGUAAUCCAUGCGCACUAGCCAACUACAACCUUUGGAAACCCUUUAAGAGGCAGCUUAAAGCGUGUGUUGAAGUAAAGAGGUGAGCUAACUGAGGUGAGCUUACGACUAUCUCGAAUAUGGCUCCGAAACCAUUUCAUUUAUCUCCCUCAGCUGAACAGAAACAGCCUGGAGUUUAACGGCACCAACCCGCUGUUUCUUCCCGUACCUCCGUCGUAAUUUGAGCUCUGCUGCCCUCUGCUGGCCAACGCACGACUGACGUUUUCUUCUUGCCUCUUCACCAGUCAGACUCAUGGUUUUCCACCUGCGCAGUUGAUCUGAAGUCGAUCAUCGUUUCCCUCAGCUUAAAGUUAACUAACUAGAUAUUUAACAUGUUGUUUUUAUGUUGUUUUUUGCACAUGAUGUCCAUCUCUGGAAUAUUAAAAUUGAAGGAAGCAACCAAAUACAGAGCUGUAAAAAAUAUUUGCCACCUUACAAAGUUUUUCAGCUUUUGUUUUUUGUUGUACUUUAUUUUCAAAAAGUCAAAUAUUACUUGAGUAAAGGCAAAAGUGUUUCAAAUGAUUAGAUUUAUUUAGCGUGAAAAUCUAUCAUAACUAAGCUUGCUCCUGUGGGAUAAGUAAUCUCUCCCUUGUCGCAUCACAAAUUAACUUUAACUUUUUUUAUUUUUGCAAAGUUGAAUACAAUUUACUCACAGACACUGUCAGACUUCUAAAAUCAACAAAUCACUUAAAGCAUGUCUGAGUGGUUAAAUUUGACCAGUAGGUCUUUAAAAUCAACACUUCAUGCCCUGAUUUAAAGUUGAUCAACAACUGAAGAGAAAUGAUGUCACUAAGAUUUAUCAGUUUUGAAAGAUUUACAAAGUUAAGGAUGGUCGUGUGAUGGUCUGGGGCUGCAUUGCUGCUUCAGGAACUGGGCCGUAAUUAAUGGAACCAGGAUAUUUUUUUCCCAUUACCAUCAAUAGAAGAUUUUUCCUUACUUCCUUAUAGAAUCUUGAUAGAGAAUGUCAGGCCAUUGGUUUGUAGCCUUGAGAUAAAAACACAUUUUAAUUUUAUGUAGCAGGGUAUUUAUCCAAAGCACAACAGCAGGUCCAAGCUUAGAACCACUCAAAAAAAAAAAAAAAAAACAGACCCAGUCAAACAGACCCAGAAACAAAAGGACAAUUCUGAAAUAGCCUAGUCAAAGUACCAAUAUUAAUCAGAUUUGGAUGCGGUUGCAUGACCUUAAACAGGCCACUGACGCUCAAAAACCCUCAAAAUGUGACUGGAUAUAAACAAUUUGACCAGUUAUCACGACAAGAAAUCUGAAGCUAUAUUUGUAAAGGGGGCAAAUACUUUCAUACGGCAUGGUAGUUCUGCUAAAAACUUUAUUUAUUGUUCUUUAAAUAUUUAUAUUGUGUUAUUGUUUCCUGGAAGAAGAAAAAAAUGCAUCCAGAGUCUGGAGUAUUCAUGCACAAAAUGCAUUUUUCUUCUAAGCAGAAGGAGAUUUGAUCUGGCUGCUCUGUGUUGCAGCCCUUGAUUGAACUGAAUAAAUCCUGUCUUAAAACAAACAAAACAAACACCCAGUCAGUGUAUAUGACUGUUUCAGUUUUGUACUGUGUGUAUAAUACAAAUCCUGGCAAGUUAUAAGAAUGUACAGAGAAAUAUAAAUAUUUAUGGAGUUUAUACGUUUCCAUUUUGCAUCCGUAGAUAAGUGUGUAUCUCGGGUUGGUAGUGAGAUAUGAAUGAUGAGGAAAUUUAAUCAGCCAGAACUCUUAACAUGUAAAGGUGUUUUUGCUCCAUACUUUUUGUGGCCCCUGAUUGUACAAAUCAUUUUAAAAUAUGGUACAUUUAGUUUAAAAUGAGCCAAAAAUGUUGUAUCAAACAAGAAGAAGGAAAAAAAGAAGACAGCACAGUGGUUUAUGGCUGCACUAAUGAUGCAUGUUAUAAAAUAAUAUUUUUGUUUUAUGUUGUACGCCGGCUGACUUGGUGGUCUUGUUUAAUCUGAAAUGUUUGGUUUUAAACUUAAACAUGUUUUUUCUGGUUGGUCUCAUGGCCUGAGGACCAUGCCUUUUUUUUCCGGUAAACCAUAAAAGAAGGUAAUGAAUUUGGCUGAAAAUACUUUCUUACAUUACAAUUUAACUUCAGGAAAUUCUGCAACAGUUCCCAUUACUGUACUUUAAAGAGAAGAUUUUUGCAUUAAACAUUUGAUUUUAUUUUAUCUUGGGCAAUGGAAAUAUUUUCAAGCACGAGACGUGAUUAUUUUAUAGCUUUUCACAAAAAAGAUGUUUCCUUCUGUUAAGACUUGCGUAUCUUCCAUAUCAAAAUUUCCCUUGCAAAAUCUGCUGUGUACAUAUGUAUUAAAAGAAAAAUAUCAAUCCAUCAA